CGAACGUUGUUUGCUCAGCAAGAAGCAAUGACUGAUAAAUGAUAACGUAAUUGCAUCAUCGGCAUAAAUGCUGAUAAGAUCUCGAGCUGCGGGAAGGAAAACGCAUCAAGUGGUACAUCGUUUGUGGUGAUAGAUUUUGGGGUAUGUUUGUGCCGGCGUAUCCAGGAAAAGGGCCUUUCCCUUAUCAGUGCGUGUGCAUGAAUAGUGUGUGUGUGUGCUGAUGAAAGGAACGCUAAAGAUAAGCUAUCGUGUAUAACCGGCUGCUGCUGCUGCUAAGAGCUGAUCAAACUAUCAAACAACAGCCGACGGAAGGUAUCAUGUUCCAAGAGUCAACUGCUUCCCUCUCUCUAAUAGACAGACGCAUGCGCAUGCGGCGUCAAACACGCCAGUAGAGAAAGAGCACCGUUUUUGCGCGACAAAACGGUACGCGACAAAGCCCUCCACACGCGAUCAGUACCCAUUCAGCGCACGGAGCGUAAAGGGCCAGCACACAAACACUGUGAUAUACUUGUCGGCUCGCUCGGGGUAGAUUAACCGGUGAGCUGUGCAGCAGGGGGUGAAAUAAUAUACAAAUUUACUGUGCCCACCCCGUCCCUUGUGUGUGAUCGUUUAUCGACUUAAGGCGCUCGUCGCAGUGUUCUUGGGCGGUUUUUAAGAACCUGCCCGCGCUCGAGAGUGAGAUUGACGAAGAUUUGUUAUUCGUUCGUAUCAUCAUAACAUCGGGUGGAUGAAAGUGUUGACGUUAGCGGAAAAUCAUCACGCUCCCACCCACGACGAUAUUGUUGAGCACACAGUAAACAAAUUUUGCAUUUUUGCUGAAGUAUCGCAACAAACAAACAAAAAGAAACGCACAUAAAAAGAAACCUCUAUUAACUAGACGACACGAGAAGCACGUGCGAACGAGAGCGAACACUUUGACGUCAACUGCUGCAAUGCGCCAUAGGCAAUCAAUGUGAAGUCGGCGUAAAAUUUGCAUUUGAAAGAGGGCGAGUCGUAGUGGUGAAACAUCCCCCGGUACCGGUUCUAGACGCGCUCACCAAAACCUAAGAUGGGUAAAAUCGAAUGGGCCCCACUGAAUGUGCCGAUGAGGCGGCGGAUCGAAACCCUGUCCACUGCCCUGUGGAUGUGGCUGAUACUGUUCGGCGAGCUGGGCAUGCUAAUAUCGUACUUCCUGCUGCUGAUCUAUGGCAACUUGUUUAUUAAAUCGCUGUGCGUCAUCUACGGAUACUUCAUCUACACUGAUCGAAAAGUGACUUUGAACGGGGGCCGAGGACAGGGUGUAACAUGGUGGCGAGAGCUGUUCUGGUGGAAGCUCUACCAGAGCUACUUCCCGGCGAAGCUGCACAAAACGGUUGAUCUCGACCCUAACCGGAACUACCUGUUUGCCGCCUUCCCGCACGGCGUGCUUGGCCUCGGAGCCUUCAUCAACUUUGCCACCAAUGCGACCGGCUUUCACGACAAGUUUCCCAAAAUCCGUUCCCGCCCGGUGACGCUAAACUUCCACUUUGUGAUACCGUUCUUCCGCGAGCUGCUGCUCAGCUGGGGCCUCGUGUCGGCCAACCCGAACAGCAUCCUGAGCCUGCUGAAGGCGCCGAACAAACCGGACCACCCGCUGAACGACGACGGCUACACGGCCAACGCGGUCGUGAUAGUGGUGGGCGGUGCGGCCGAAUCGCUGCACUGCCGGCCGAACAACUACACGCUGGUGCUGCGCAAGCGGAAGGGCUUCUGCAAGCUGGCGAUCAAGGCGGGCACCCCGCUGGUGCCGGUGAUGACGUUCGGCGAGGUCGACCUGUUCGAUCAGCCGCCGAAUCCGCCCGGCUCGCGGUUGCGCCGGUUCCAGGAGUUUGUGAAAAACACGACCGGCAUCGCGCCGGCCGCCUUCGUCGGGCGGGGCUUCUUCCAGUACAGCUACGGGUUGAUCCCGCGCCGGAAGCCACUGAACACAGUCGUCGGUGCCCCGGUGGAAGUGACGCAAAUAGACAACCCGACGCAGGAACAGGUGGAUGAGGUGCACGAGCGGUUCUGCCGCGCGCUGGACAAUCUGUUCGAAACGUACAAAUCGCGCUUCAUUGCCGACUACAAGAAUGUGAAGCUUGUUAUGGAAUAGAAAAAUGCUGAUCCCCGUACUUCCCGCCAUCUUUACACACAAACGAUCGGUGUAUAGCGGUGGGAAAACGGGGCAAAAUCACGCACAAGAGACACAGAAACACACUAUCAUCACGAUAUCCUACGCAACCCGUGGAAAUUGU